UCCCCGGUAGUCAUGGCAAGAAACCUGAUCUUCUACUGCUGCCUCGUGGCUGCUGUUGCAAUUUCGGCGAAGGCCGCUCCCCAAGACAAGCUCGACAACCUCAACGUGGACGACAUCCUCAACAACGACCGCCUCCUGAAAUCGUACAUCCAGUGCAUGCUCGAUGCAGAUGAUGGCAGGUGUACCACCGAGGGCAAGGAGAUCAAAAGCAGGCUGCCAAAAUUGUUGGCGACGGGAUGUGGAAACUGCUCGCCUAGCCAGCUGGAGAGGGCUGUCAAGAGCCUGAAGCAUAUCACAGAGAAGCACCCUGUAGAAUGGACCAAGCUGAAGGCGAAGUUCGACCCCACGGGCGAGUACACAAAGAAGAACGCCGACACCUGGAAGCAGUACGGCGUCACUUUGUGAGCGCCACGCCAGUCCGAAUCGCCUCUGAGCUGUCGCAGCUCUCGUACACAUUUCACAAGCAAAUCAUGUCUCUUUCCAGAAAUUGUCCAUUAUGUUAACGUCAUGUGUCAACUUCAUCCAAUUUGGUUACUCACCGGAAUUUCUUAGCUUGCACGUGUUCACAAUGUUACUAUUAUUAUGAUAGGAAAUAAAAGUUUCUUGUUAAA